GUCAAAUAACUAUAGUUCGUUCAAUCCUUUUGACGUAAGCCAUUUCCAAAACAACACAUGUUUUUCUAAUUGCGUGUAUUUAUUCGCCGAUUUCUCCAUCAAAAUCUCGUAAACGCACUCACACAAAAUGCCUAAAGCCAAGAAGAAAUUUAUUGAUAAAAAGAAAGCUGUAACAUUUAAUUUGGUGCAUAGAUCUCAGAGGGACCCCUUGGCAGCUGACGAGACUGCACCUCAGCGGGUCCUAGUGCCCGUUAAUGCAGAUGUACCACCGCGGAAAGAGAAAGAACCAGACCUGACUCCGGAACAGAGGAAAGAAGAACAAAUGAAGUAUGGCAUAUAUUUUGAUGAUGACUACAAUUACCUCCAACAUCUCAAAGACACUAAAGAAGUCACAAUGUUGCUACAACCGAAACCCACACACAAACGAAAAGAAAAGGCACCCAAGCCCAGUGAACAAGAAAUGGACACCGAAAUGGCCGUCACUGACACAUUGAAGUUGCCCAGUUCCGUGUUUGCUUCAGAAGUGGAGGAAGACAUUGGUUUAUUGAAUAAAGCUGCCACUCAAGGGUUGUGUCUCGACUUAGAUCCAGAGGUUGUGGCAGCCCUAGAUGAAGACUUCGACUUUGAUGAUCCUGAUAACCUAUUGGAAGAUAACUUCAUUGAACUGGCUAUGGCGGAAGGUGGUGAAGAUGAAGAAUAUGAGGAUGACGAAGAAGGAAGUAUGUCUGACGAUGAUAAUUCAGAUAAAGCUUUCGCUUCAGACCUUGAUUCUGAUGAUGGCAGUGAUUCACAGGGCCCGCGAAGCCGUAUGCCGGCCUGGGACGACAAUAAGGACGAUACAAAGUCUAGAUUUUCCCAAUAUUCCAUGUCGUCCAGUGUUAUUAGAAGAAAUCAAGGAUUAUCAUUGCUGGACAACCGAUUUGAAAAGAUGUACGCGGAAUACGACGACACAGAACUAGGCCCUUUAGAUCUGGAAGAGAUUGAAGGCUUCAUGCCGGACUCACACCGGAUGUUGCUGCAAGCCGCUGAGGAGUUUGAGGAGUCCAAGAGGAAAUAUCAGCUUGAUAAGGAGAAGGAAUUAGCCAGAAUGCGUCGUCUGCAAGAGAUAGAGGAAGAGUCUGAGGAGGAGAUGGUGACGGUGGAAGUGGACCCGAAAGAGAAGUGGGACUGCGAGACCAUACUGUCCACGUACUCCAAUCUUUACAACCAUCCGAAACUCAUUGAGGAACCUAAGAAGCCGCAUAAAAUCCAAAUUAGCGCCAAAACGGGCCUGCCCAUAGACACUCUGGGCAAAGACAACAGGCUGACGGUGAAGUCUCUGGCCAAAUUUAACGCUAUGCAAGACGAUGAACAUUCUAAUGAUGAGGAUGCCAAAACGAAUGCAGAGUCUGUUCUGUCCACUCUGAGUGUGCUUUCUAUAAGACCUAAAGACGAAUCGCCAGACGAGAAGAGAGAAAGGAAACGUCUGCUGAAAGAGUACAGAAAAGAAAGAAGAAUAGAGAAGAAGGCGAACAAAGAGGCCUUCAAAGAGGAGAAGAAACGACAAGAGAAGAUAAUGUUGAAUAACAGAAAUAAUGUGCAAGGAAACAGAAUAUUAUAGAUCUAAGUUAUAUCUGUA